AUGGAUGCUCAAGAAUUCUUUGAUCCCCCGGAAGAAGUGAUAUCAAAGAUCCAUAAGUUAGCAGAAUUGAUCCGCAAUUCAAAGCACGUGGUACUGUUCACUGGGGCUGGUAUUUCGACAAGCGCUGGGAUUCCGGAUUUUCGAGGUAAUUUCCUUGACAAGCAGCCAAAGCUUUCGGCUAUAGACUAUCUCAUGAUCUCACGUGCAAUGUCUGAAUUGGAUUCUUUCAAUAUAAGGCCCACAAGGCUAAAUUGGUUUUCACCACGUUCAGGUGUUUGGACGUUACGCGACAAAGGAAUCCAUGCCACCCGCCCCGAGGUUACGCGUAUCCAACCAACCAAAGGCCACAUGGUCAUAGUCCGACUCUUUGAACUGGGUCACAUGAAGUAUCUAAUAUCGCAGAACACUGACGGGUUACAUGUUCGAAGUGGCAUUCCAUUUACCGCCAUAUCCGAGUUACACGGCAACGCAAAUAUCGAGCGAUGUCCGAAAUGUGAGAGAUCUUAUUGGAGGAAGUUUGAGGUUCGUGAAGCACAUGACGUUAACACUCACCAAACCUCACGUCGAUGUGAUGCUUGCGGCCGUAAGGAAUAUUUGGAAUUCCUAGAUUUGUCAUUUCUUCUUUUCUCGGUCAGUCUUCCCAAAGAAGCCCUUCAAAAAGCCUUUGCGAAUUCUCACUUGUGCGAUCUCCACAUCGUGCUUGGCUCGUCUUUGACCGUGAGCCCGGCAAACGACCUUCCGCAGAUUGCGGUGAAGAAUCACAAACCUUUGGUAAUAGUCAACUUGCAAAGGACACCGUUGGACGAUGUCGCUUCCUUGCGUAUCUUUGCGCGGACUGACGAAAUCCUCAUUGGAUUGUGCAAAGAACUCGGGGUUGAAGGAUAUGAUCAAGUUAGAGAUCUUAAGUCCGACAGCUCGUUUAAUGAAAUGAUAAUAAUGCCCAAUGCGACUCGUAGAUUGAACGUGAUUAAAGAAGCUAAAGAGCAAUUGAGGGAAUGGUCCGUCAGCAAGUUGCUGAGUGCGCUUAGGGAACGCGGUUUUGCUUUGCACAUGGGCAUUGAGAAAGACGAGUUAAUCAACCUGUAG